AUGUCUCACAUGAAAUGGCCACCCCAAAUAAAAGAUAUUCAGGUAUUCGGCGAGGUUAAAGACAUUUCUGGACGUCGAUAUCCUCGUGACAUAGGUCGGCCUGUUUACAUCGGAGGCAACACCUACUACCUCUUUGGUGAUACUUUCUGCCACAAUUCCUCAAACCAUUUCGUCGGAGUUGCCAACAAUACUAUUGCCUAUGUACCAGAUCCCGAGAAUGAUCCAUUGACAUGUAAAUAUAUGCACGAUCAUGCACACCAACCCUCAUUUGUUCCUCAUACACCUAGUGAAGAUGAGUAUGAGAAGGAUCCAGCGAAUAAAGAAAAUAUCAACAGGGUUGUCAAUUGGGCUUUUGGAGGCAUCAUUGAGGAAUUUCCGGGGUCGAGGGAUGGAUGGGUAUUUUACGAGAAAAUGCUUACGCAUGGGUCUACGGCUGGCAAGAGAUUUGGUAAUGGUGUUGCUCGUGUGCAAGUUCAACCUGACAAUUCUUUGAAAGUGGACCGGUUGAUGGGCGACAACAUCCUGUUCGGAGAGAACGAGCCACAAUUUGGUAUAACCACUCAUGUAGUUGGAGAUGAUGGCUAUAUCUAUCUUUUAGGUGCCAAAGAUGCACCAUCCCCAACUCUUGAUCUAAAGAACCAUUGGGCACGCAUCCGGUCAGGCUCUGAUUUUACCUUGCGAGAAAAUUAUGAAUUUCUCAUUCAUACUCUCGAUGGGAAGAGCAAAGUAUGGGAUCGCUCAUACUCACUUCACCAACUAGUCAACGUAAUUCCGGUCCAAGCACAAGGAGCAAUCAUCAAAAUUCCAAAGCUAGCGCCAGAAGGACGACCAUAUCUUUGGUUUGGUAACAAUAAAUUCCCAGCCAAUAAAAUAUAUAUUGCAUGUGCGCCACAACUUGAAGGGCCAUGGGAAGAAUGGGAAGGACCUGAAAUUCCUAGAUUUGGAGGUGGUGGUCUAAGAUAUACUUUAUAUCCUCAUGAGAAAAAUUGUCAACCGGCGAUGGGGGAAAUGAGAAUUAGUUGGAGCGAUGACAAACAAAUGGGUGGAAUGGUUAUACAAGCUAUGUUACAAUUUGCGAUGGAGGGAGAGGAUGAAAAUAUUGGCCAAAAUAUUGGAACAGUACGGAAGUCUAGUGGCAGCUGGAAGGAUAAAGCAAAGGGGUUUUUAAACUCGCUCAGUUAG